AUGUCUGUUCUCGAUCCAUCCAGACCCCUCGAUGAAUUCGAGCAGCUCGUCUACGAAUACACCCUGCGCAUGGGCUUAGGAGAAGACAGCGAUGAAGACAACAAGCACUGGGACAUCGACGCCAAAUCCUGCAACCUCCGCUUCGAAUCCGCAUCCCAAGGCCCUCCCCCGCAAGUCUCCUACCUCCUAACCAUCCCCCAGAACCUCUGCAACUACAUGGGAAAUCUCCACGGUGGCUGCACUGCCACUCUCAUUGAUAUUCUCUCUACUACGAUUCUCCUGGGAAUGUCGCGCCCGGGUGUGUUUGCCUUGGGAGGGGUUAGUCGUCAUUUGAAAACAACGUAUCUGCGGCCGGUUCCGCAGGGGACGGAGGUUCGGUUGACUUGUACGUUGGUGCACAUGGGUAAACGGCUAGCUUAUCUGAGAGCGGAGCUUUCGAGGGUUGAUAAUGGAGAUAUCUGUGUGUUGGGGGAGCAUGAGAAGGCUAAUACGGAUCCCGCGGAUGAGAAGCUGUAA